UAGUUGAUAACGAAAAAAAGAAUGACUAUCAUUAUUUACUAUUAAAUGUUAUUUACAGUUGUAGAUACUAUAGUUAUUUGUGUUUUGUGUAGUAAAUACAGUAAUAACUACUAAUUUUAGAUUACUUGACCUCGUGCUUUCAAAAUCACUUUAUUGUAAAAAGCUGACUAUCAAUAUAAUUCGCGAUCAAAAUAUUUUCAGUUUCAAUCUAAAAUGGACGCUUUCAUGAUGAUACAACGAAAAAAGCUAACCAUAUUUACUGAUGCUAAAGACAAUAUACUGGUUAAUGAACUCAAAAAGAUUAUUGGAUGUAUCAUUAAAGUAGCACCAUCAAAUCAACAACUUUACUACAAAGAUGAAAUUAUGGAUGGGUCAAAAACGUUGUCAGAAUGUGGUUUAAAUUCUAGUAUUGCUAAGGCACAAAGUCCAGCUACUAUUGGCUUAGCAUUGAAGAUGGAUAAUGGAGAAUUUGAGCCAUUAGAAAUGGUCCCAUAUUCAUUGCCACCUGAAUUGCCAUAUGUGAUGAAAAACCAAGAAACUAAUGGUCAAGAACCACCCAUGUAAACAGCAAUCACUAAAUAACAUGUUCCAAAAUGAGUUUUUUUUUUUAAUGGUAUAUAAACAAGUGAAAAAUAGCAUCUCAGCUUAAACUAAGGAUUUUUUUUUAUGAUUGCCAAUUGGUUAUAGUUUUUUUUUUUUUUAUUAUAUAACCUUAUUUUAUAUUUUAUUUAUAAUCAAUAAACAUGUCAUAACUAUGAAAAUGGUAACAUAUACACUACAAAUAUUAAAUAAUUUACCAAGUCAUUAAAUUUGUUAAUUUAAACAUAAUUGUUAAAAAAAUUUGUGUUAAAAUUUAAAGUAUUCAAUAUAAAUGUCUAAAAUAUAA